AUGGAAGAAUCAAAGCCGUCUCAAGUUGAAAGCUUGAUAUAUAGUCAGAACGUGACAACAAUCACAAAAGAAGAAAGCUCUAUUACGAAGAUAUUACGAUCAUGUUGCCUUAUCCCUCGGCGCUAUGUCUUUGCAAUGGUAGCACUCAUUGGUGUCUGCAAUGCUUUUACAAUGCGUGUAAGCUUGAACAUUGCUAUAACUCAAAUGGUAAGGCAUAAAAAAGUUGGUGAUACACACUUUGAUCCAAACGCUUGUCCAGUGGAUGUUGUUAUUAAAAAUUCUACUGUUUUCGUCAAUCCACAUGCGAUGUUUGAUUGGGAUGAGAAAACACAAGGUCUACUUUUGAGUAGUUUCUAUUAUGGUUAUGGAGUUACACAAAUUUUGGGAGGAUAUUUGGCGCAAAGAUAUGGUGGAAAAUGGGUUUUAGGUUGUGGUCUUCUUAGCACAGCUUUGUUUACAUUUCUUACACCAAUUGUAACAAAAUCUGGUGGAGCGACAUGGUUGUUUAUUCUUCGGAUUGUGGAAGGAAUGGGAGAGGGACCGACCAUGCCAGGAUUAACAUAUAUGAUGGCACGAUGGAUUCCAUCCCAUGAAAGAGCAUUUUUAUCUGCUGUAAUAUUUGGUGGAGGACAAAUCGGUAAUAUAUUUGGUCCAGCUGUAGCAGGAUUAUUGAUGACGAAUGGUGGAGAUUGGGCCAAUGUUUUCUACUUUUUUGGUGGAUUUGGUAUCUUCUGGUUUAUACUGUGGAGUUUUUUAUGCUACAGCGAACCACAGACCCACCCUUAUAUUACUAAAGAGGAAUUAGAAUUCUUAAACAAAACGGUUACGAGGUCAGAAAACAAAAAGAAGGGGGAUCCUAUACCUUGGAAAGCUAUCCUUCGAUCUCCACCCGCCUGGGCUUUAUUAGCUGCAAACGUUGGUCAUGAUUGGGGCUUAUAUACUAUAGUUACAGAGCUUCCGAAGUACUCAUAUGAUGUAUUGAAAUUUAACAUAGCUACUACAGGUUUUCUGACUGGUUUACCUUUCGUUGCUUCCGUGAUUUGUGCCUCAAUUUUUGGACUCAUUUGUGAUUUGGGUAUUAAAAGAAAAUGGUUCAAAAUAAAAACGGCUAGAAAGAUUUUUACAACUAUAGCCUCUGCUGGCCCUGCAAUAUGUAUUAUAUUGGCUUCAUAUUCUGGAUGUAACAAAUAUGCUGCAAUGGGAUAUUUUAUAUUAUCUAUGGGACUUAUGGGGUCUUAUUACAGCGGAAUGAAGGUCAACUGUUUGGACGUAGCGCCCAAUUACACGGCGACUCUAGCAUCUCUUAUUAAUACUGUAUCUACAUCAACAGGCAUAAUAACACCAUAUUUAAUGGGACUACUUACACCUGACUCAACUUUACUCCAAUGGAGAACUGCAUUUUGGAUAUGCUUUAUAAUGCUUAUAGGAACAAAUUUAUUGUACUGUAUAUGGAUGGAAGGAGAGCAGCUGUGGUGGGACGAUGUAAGGAAGCAUGGAUAUCCACCUGGAUGGAAACAUGGCCCCCUGACAGUUGAAGAAGUAGAAUACCUAAAAGAUUCUCCUAAAAUUAUGAAAUUAAAUAAGAAUUAUGUGAAAGAAAUACCAUGU